AUGGGUUUCCUGUUGCUGCAUUUUGCUCUGCUGCUUCUCUUCAUCUGUCCAUGCCAGGCUCAGGGCGAGGAGGUUACCGAUGAACCAGCAAUGAACUGCCAGCCCCACAGUCACUUUGAGGAAUGUGCCAGCCCCUGCCAGGGGACCUGCCCCUUCCCAGAGCCGAAUGAGUACUGUAUCACCGUUUGUGUGGAGGGCUGUGUGUGCGAUCAGGGCUAUGUCAUGAGCGCCGGCGUGUGCAUCCCAAAAGAAAACUGUGGCUGCUCCUAUCGGGGGCGCUACUACAAACCAGGCCAGCGCUUCUGGGAAGGCCCGGGCUGUGGGCGCCUCUGUAAGUGUGACACGACUCUGGGGAUGGUGGUCUGCAAAAAGGCUUCAUGCUCGCCCAAAGAGAAGUGCUCUGUGGUGGAGGGGAUCCGUGCUUGUCGGCCUUUGGCACAUGUACAUCCGAGGGAGACCCUCACUGCAUGA